AUGACAUUCAAACUAGAUUGUCAAGUCGUCAAUAAACUUGAUGAUAUAUUUAAAAAAAAUCUUUUACUUUUUCAAAACAAACAUAGCUCUUCUUCACAAAAUUCACUUCCCAAACAUUCGAAAGAAGUGCUUGAAUUAAUAAAUGAUGGUGCUAGGGCAAGAUGUGAAAUUAUGAAAAUAUACAGUGACCUUAUAAACGCAAUUGAGAAAUAUGAGAAAUUGACCAACAAUAUUGAAACAAAAUUAUCGGAACCUUUAAAUGAAAAUAGUGAUUCUGUAAAACCAGAAGUUUCAACAGUACCUAAUGAGGAUACAAAGGAGAACGUAGAAGAACAGAUAUCUGGGAAAAGUAUAGAUAAUAUAUUAGAUAAACAAAAUCCCCUGUUGUCAGAACAUUUACAAACCUAUACAAUGGAAGAAAAUAAAGAGUACAUUUUGAAUUCUAUUUCUAUUCCUCAACCUCCAGAACUUAAUUUUAAUUACUAA